AUGUCUCAGCAGAAGCAGAAGCAGUGUGCUCCCCCACAGCAGUGCUGCCCCCCACCCCAGCAGUGUGCUCCCCCACAGCAGUGCUGCCCCCCACCCCAGCAGUGUGCUCCCCCACAGCAGUGCUGCCCCCCACCUCAGCAGACCAAGCAGGUCUGCCAGCCUCCACCCAAGUGCCAACAGAAGUGCCCACCCCCUCAGCAGUGCCAAAAAUCCAAACAGAAAUAG